CCUCCCCUUCAGUCUUGCACAGUUGUACCGGCUCCUCCCCUUCAGUCUUGCACAAGUGUACCGGCUCCUCCCCUUCAGUCUUGCACAGGUGUACAGGCUCCUCCCCUUCAGUCUUGCACAGGUAUAGUGGCUCCUCCCCUUCAGUCUUGCACAGUUGUACCGGCUCCUCCCCUUCAGUCUUGCACAAGUGUACCGGCUCCUCCCCUUCAGUCUUGCACAAGUGUACCGGCUCCUCCCCUUCAGUCUUGCACAGGUGUACCG